AUGACGGACCUAACAGACUACACAAUGAUCACGUAUAUAGUACUUGGAUUGAUAAUUCUUCUAGUUGAUGUUCCAUUGAUUUUUAAUCUUCUCUCCCAGAAGCGUUUCCGUUAUCGUAAGGAUUUUCUGCUCUUUGCAUGUGCCAGCUCUAUCGACAUGUUCUACGUAGUCGUCACUAUUUGGAACAGCGCUUGUCGCCUUCAUAUGGGCGAGGGAAAAACUACUCGUGCGGAUUGUAUUCGACGACCGAUGAUGUUCCUCAGCAUUGUGGCCAAUUUGAUGAUUGCCUACAUGCCUACUAUGAUUGCGUUCGAUCGACUUGUGGCUGCAAAAAAAGGAGUUUGGUAUCACAGACAAACAAUUAAAUACUCGGUUUAUCUGUGCUCUGUGUUUCUAUGCUUCUGUGCCAUUGUUGCUUUCCUAAACUACAACAUCAUUGUUAACGGAAAAUAUGGCCUUGAAAUGGUAUCUUCAAUGUGUUUCACGACAACUCUAAUCGCUCCAAUCUUUUACACAUUUUACAAUUUGGUAAAGUGGUUCGGAAUUUUUAUGGGCGUUUUGCUUUUUUUGUUGGCAGUUAUAACUCUUCACGUUGAAAACAGAUUCAACAUGAGCACCAGCGACUUUCAAAGAUCCUACCGUGGAAUGCACAAAUACUUUGCCCUAACCUCGCUCAACUCGAUUCUUUUUCAUUUUGCACCCGACUUUAUGCUGGUUUUCGUCGAGAAUAAAUCUCUCCUCCUCAUUUCAGCCCUCUAUAGCUUGAUAAUGUUUAAGAGCAUUGCCAAUUUCCUCUGCAUGUUUCUGGUCUACCACGAGAUUCGGCAAAUUUUUGUAUACAUCUUCUCCUGCUGCCCAAAAGAGUCCAGCACAAUUCAGGUGGUGCAAUUCAACAAAAAUACGGGCAAAAUCAAAUUACAAGGGUUCCGAGGAAUGUCUCUGUAA